AUGACCAUGGGCAGGGUUCUUUCUACCAAAAGCAUUGAUACUCUUCUUGUGAGACUGAUUCUGAAACUCCUCACCCAACAGGUUAUCUUCUAUGAGGACAGGAACUUCAUGGGGCGCUCCUAUGAGUGCACCGGUGAUUGUUCCGAUAUGCACUCUUACAUGAGCCGCUGCCACUCCUGCAGGGUGGAGAGCGGCUGCUGGAUGGUCUACGACCGCACCAACUUCAUGGGAAACCAGUAUUUCAUGAGGAGGGGCGAGUACGCUGACUACAUGAACAUGUGGGGCUGGGGAAACAACUGCAUCAGGUCCUGCCGCAUGAUCCCCAUGCACAGAGGAUCCUACAGAAUGAGGAUCUAUGAGAGGGACAACUUCAUGGGUCAGAUGUAUGAGAUGUCGGACGACUGCGAUUCCUUCAUGGAUCGUUACCACUGGUCCAACGGCUGCAUGUCCUGCCAUGUGAUGGACGGCCACUGGCUCAUGUACGAGCAGCCCCACUACAGAGGCAGGAUGUGGUACUUCAGGCCUGGAGAGUACAGGAACUUCAGAGACUACGGUGGCAUGAGGUUCAUGAGCAUGAGGCGCAUCAUGGACUCCUGGUAUUAAAAGCAAACUGUGCUAAAUUGACAAUAAAGAAAUUUCGAAUAAUCAAAA